GGUGUGUUCGCUUCCCGACUUUGGAAAGCUUGCGACUCUGUGGCGUCCCAGGAACUCGCUAUGCAAAACCUCGUCUCGCUCCUGUGAUCCCACCUCCCGGCAAGACUCUCGGUGCUUGGGAUCCCUUCCCUUCCUUCACCUUGCUCCCUUGCUCCCUCAUCACCGGUCUCGCAUGAUUGUGUCGGGUUGUGGCUCCACAACACCGGUGUCUUGCUUUUCUUCCCCUUCAGCCCCCUCCCCUGAGAGAGGACUGGUGUAGUGUAUAAAACACGAAAAACAUCGUCAACGCCGCCGAUCAUUGCUCUUUCUUUCCCCCCCCCGGAUCUACGCUGAGAGCCAGGCUCCAGGGACCCCACGAUCUGGCAGAAAGAAAAACGAAGUCCACAGAUUACGCACAUAAGCCUGCGGCAACACCCGCAACUCACUGGGGGUAUCCGAUCGGAUCUCGAUGGAUCGGCGGGAGGCGCUUGCCUGCCUCGCCGACGACCCCGACGAUGUGUACAACCGGCGCAUGUUCGGCCUCGUGCCGACCACCAUUGUCCUGGUGCUCUCAAUUGUGACCUACGGCCUGCGCAUCUACUGCCGCCGGAAGACCGGCCAGGGCGUCAAGUGGGAUGACAUCCUGAUGGGCAUCGGGACCGUGAUUUCGUUUGAGCCGGCAAUCUGCGAGUACCUGCUCCUUGCAAACGGGCUGGGACACCACAUCUGCCACGUCCCUGCCGACCAGAGCAAGCGGUUCGCCGUGAUCAGCUUUGCGCUCCAAAGGGCAAACCAGCCCGCGCUCGCCUGCAUCAAGCUCUCGAUUCUGCUGUUCUACCUGCGCAUUUUCUCGUCCGAGCGGUGGCUGCGCUGGGCCGCCUACGCGAACAUGGCCUACACCAUCUGCUGGGCCAUCUCGACCUGGAUCGUCAACCUCACCGUCUGCACCCCAAUCGCCUUCUACUACGACCAUACCAUCCCCGGCGGCAAAUGCAAGAACCAGGUAAUAUCGGGCACCGCGAACGGCGCGCUCUCGCUGCUGGGCGACGUGUGCAUCCUGGUCCUCCCGCUGCCCGUCAUCUGGAAGCUCAAGAUCAACACGCGGAGGAAGAUUGCGCUGUGCGGCGUCUUCCUUCUGGGUUGCUUGUGAGUGUGCACCAACCGCGCCCGAGGCAACGGCUCGACAGUGCCAGACUGACAAUGGCGACCCCCUGCAG